AUGGGCAUCGUUGACAAGAUCAAUGAAAUAGAGGCUGAAAUCUCCAGGACACAGAAAAACAAGGCUACAGAACAUCACCUUGGGAUUCUUAAGGCUAAAUUGGCAAAGUAUAGAACCAUGCUAGAACAGGCACCUAAAACUAACAAAGGUGGGGGCGAUGGUUUUGAAAUAUCAAGAACUGGUGAUGCUAGAAUCUGCCUAAUUGGGUUCCCUUCUGUUGGGAAAUCUACGCUACUAAAUCAAGUAACAUCGACAAUAUCUGAUACUGGAAAUUAUGAAUUUACAACACUUACUUGCGUCUCUGGAAUACUCGAAUACAACAUGGCAAAAAUUCAAUUAUUAGAUCUGCCUGGUAUAAUUGAAGGAGCAGCUCAAGGAAGAGGAAGGGGCAGACAAGUAAUAGCUGUGGCUAAGUCCUGCGAUCUGAUACUUAUGAUCCUUGAUGCCACAAAGUAUGAUGCGCAAAAGUUUAAACUUGAAAGGGAAUUGGAGGGUAUUGGUAUUAGGUUAAAUAGACAACCCCCUCAGAUCUCAUUUCGGAUUAAAACGGCUGGAGGAAUAAACGUAAACUCACUAGUCCCUAACGAUAUCGAAUAUAAAACGAUACAUUCCAUUUUGCACGAAUAUAGGAUAUUUCACGCCGAAAUCAUCUUCCGUGAACGUGCGACAAUAGACGACUUAAUCGAUGUAAUUGAAGGGAAUCGCAAAUAUGUCCCAUGUAUCUAUUUAUACAACAAAGUAGACAUGUUGACUCUGGAUGCUCUUAAUGAGAUUGGAAAGAGACCUUAUGGAAUACCAGUUAGCUGUGAAUUAGGGUGGAACAUGAACCUUAUGAAACAGCUCAUUUGGCACAGAUUAAAAUUGCUACGCAUAUUCACUAAGAAGAAGGGGGAUAGGCCAAAAUUUGACGAACCAAUCAUCCUUUCUCCGCAAAGAUGUGGCAAUAAAGUUAUAGAUGCAAUUACUUUGAUACAUAAAGAAUUAUUGAAGGAAUUUAAAUUCGCGUUCGUCUGGGGCAGCAGCGUGAAGCACAUUCCACAGUGCGUAGGCUUGAACCACGUUUUGGAAGAUGAAGAUGUGGUACAGAUUGUGAAAAAGCGGUAG